AUGAUCACGGGUUCCAUACCACCAAUCCUUUCUAAAUUGUCCAACCUAAUAGAACUAAGACUCGAUUCCAAUCAUCUCAGCGGUGAGAUUCCAGCAGAAAUAUGCACUUUAGCAAACCUAUAUAGACUGAACUUAUCAUCGAACCAAUUAUCUGGGGCCAUACCUACACAGAUAGAAAAGCUAAACAAACUAGGAUACCUUGAUAUAUCUAGGAACAGACUAAGUGGAUUAAUACCCGAGGAACUAGGGGCAUGCAUGAAACUACAGUCCUUGAAGAUCAACAACAACAACUUCAAUGGAAGUUUGCCUGGUGCUAUUGGAAAUAUAGCAGGCCUGCAGAUCAUGUUAGAUGUUAGCAACAACAAACUCAGUGGUGUGUUGCCGCAACAACUUGGGAGGUUGCAGAUACUAGAAUUUCUGAAUUUAUCGCAUAAUCAGUUCAGUGGCAGCAUUCCAUCCUCCUUUGCAAGCAUGGUGAGCCUUUCAACACUCGAUGUGUCCUACAACGACUUGGAAGGACUGGUCCCAACAGCACGGCUACUCCAAAAUGCUUCAGCAAGUUGGUUUCUUCCCAAUAAAGGUCUGUGUGGUAACCUCUCUGGCCUGCGACCUUGUUAUGCAACCACAGUGGCUGCUCACAAAAAGGGGAAGAUACUUGGUUUGCUUUUGCCAAUUGUUCUUGUGAUGGGUUUCAUCAUUGUUGCUGCAAUUGUUGUCACAAUAAUACUUACUCGUAAGAAGAGAAAUCCGCAAGAAACUGUUACCGCUGAAGCAAGGGACCUAUUCUCUGUUUGGAAUUUCAAUGGAAGAUUAGCAUUUGAUGAUAUUGUAAGGGCAACAGAAGACUUUGAUGAUAAGUACAUCAUUGGAACAGGGGGGUACGGCAAAGUCUACAAGGCACAACUCCAAGACGGGCAGCUGGUUGCUGUGAAGAAGCUUCAUCAGACCGAAGAAGAGUUGGAUGAUGAAAGAAGAUUUCGUAGUGAAAUGGAAAUCUUAACACAGAUCCGACAACGAAGCAUUGUCAGAAUGUAUGGAUUCUGCUCCCAUCCAGUGUAUAAAUUUCUCGUCUAUGACUACAUUAAACAGGGAAGCCUCCACAGAAUAUUGGAAAAUCAAGAGCUAGCAAAGGAAUUAGAUUGGAACAAGAGAAUUGCUCUUGCAACUGAUGUGGCUCAAGCAAUAUCUUAUUUGCACCACGAAUGCAGUCCACCUAUAAUCCAUCGAGAUAUCACAAGCAACAAUAUCUUACUUGAUACAUCCUUCAAGGGUUUUGUCUCGGACUUCGGCACAGCAAGGAUUCUUAAACCCGAUUCAUCAAACUCGAGUGCACUAGCAGGAACGUACGGCUACAUAGCUCCUGAACUGUCGUACACAUCUGUUGCGACAGAGAAAUGUGAUGUUUAUAGCUUUGGAGUGGUUGUGUUAGAGCUAGUGAUGGGCAAGCAUCCAAGGGAUUUAUUAGAUGGUAGUCUUUCUAACGGCGAACAAUCAAUGAUGGUGAAAGAUAUUCUGGACCAACGACCAACAACACCAAUAUCAACUGAAGAGAAUAGCUUAGCUCUGCUCAUCAAGCUGGCCUUAUCUUGUUUGGAAUCUUCUCCCCAAGCAAGGCCAACCAUGCGGGAGGCAUACCAAACACUCAUCCAGCCAUCUUCUAGUUCAACUACUGUGCCUUUCAGUGCACUUACAUUACAGCAAGGGAUGCAUGUUUGA